AUGGUUAAAUUAAAAACUAAAGGCUGUGCACUAUUCCAGGAUGUGCAGAAGCCAUCUCAAGAUGAGUGGGGUAAAUCCCAGGAGGCCAUGGAAGCUGCCUUGGCCCUGGAGAAGAUCCUGAACCAGACCCUCUUGGAUCUUCAUGCCCUGGCUUCUGCUUGCACAGAUCCUCACUAUAACAGUUACAUCUACACUUACCUCUGUGACUUCCUGGAAAACCACUUUCUGGAUGAGGAGGUGAAGCUCAUCAAGAUGGGCAACCACCUGGCCAAACUCCACAGGGUGGCUGGGCCCCAGCCAGCACAGACUGGUAUGCCCUCACCAUCUCUGGGCGAGGACCUCUUCAAGAGGCUCAUUCUCAAGCAUCACUAG